AUGCAGAACGCGGUCCAAAUACAUUUGUUACCAAAUCUUUCACGAAAAUUAGAAGACCGAUCAGGGACAAAAACCGACCGAGAAAGUUUACAAAAAGUAUUCACAAAUUUAAAUUUCAAUGUUGUCGUAAAAGAUAACUUACGCCACGAUCAGAUCAAAGAAGAUAUUAAAGAUUGCAUUAAAACCGUCGAAAAAGAAAACUAUUCUUCUUUAUUCAUUGCGAUUUUGUCGCAUGGUGAUAAAGGGGUUAUUUACGGAUGUAAUACGAUCCCAGUUGAUAUUGCUGAAAUACAAAAAACUUUAUAUGCGAAAUCUUUAUCGGGUAAACCGAAAAUUUUGAUUAUACAAGCUUGUCAAGGCGAAAAUCGACAAAGAAUUGAUGAUGAGUACACGACAGAUGGGGUUGACUCAUCCACACUAAAAUUAACAUCACCAAAAACGGCGGAUGUUUUAGCUUUUUAUGCCACAAUUCCGGAUUAUACAGCCAUAAGGCAUUUGAAAAAUGGUACUUGGUUUAUACAAUCACUUUGUGAAAAAAUGGCUUCCACUAAAGAUGGUCAUUUUGAGGAGAUUUGUUUGGAAGUUAAACGAGAUGUAGUAAAGAAACGAUGGGGAACUGUUGUAAUGGUGCCUUUGGUUGAAUCAUCAUUAACAAAAAAAUUAUAUUUACCUGGAAAUGUUACAAAAAAGAUUAGUUGUAACUUUGAGAGUCGUUGUUAAAGAAAUACUUAAAAAUGUGAUACACUCAUAAAAAAGCAUAUAUUUUUAUUAAAUAGGUUUCAUUAAUA